UGACGUCUUGGUGAACGAGCGCGCGGCCAGUUCAGUUGCAGUAUUCCCGAUUACGCGAUGAGAUUCGCUCCGCAUCCUACCGACUAACCUAACUCCACGUCUCCUCGCUACUACAAUCACAAUCGGCGCGUCGCUAACCGAAAAAAAAUAAUAAAUAAUACACGACACACCGACACACGUUUCACCAAAUCACCCAUUUCACGCCGCACUUGUUUAUUUCAUUCGUUUUUCCAUUUAGUUCCCGUUUUCGUUUUCGUUUUCGUUGUCCUAUUCGUAUUCGUAUCCGUAAUCGUAUUCGAAUUCGUAGUGGUUCUGUGUUCAAGUUUACUUUUAUUACAUGGUUGUGUAUUAGAGAUGUCAUCUGAUUUAAAAGAAGAGGAUUCGCUCGCUUCCAGUUUGGAAGAGUAUGUGCCGAAAAUCGGAUCGACGGACCUGGACACGAAGAGUAACAUAAUUAGUCAACAAAACACAAGUGAUACGCUCAUCAAUAGAACUUUAUCUUGGCACGAACAUGUGUAUCGAAAGUUAACUAAUAAGCCUACACCUCAUUACAUAGAGAACAUUCUCGGCAUUCAGGUUAAAGAAACUCAAGAUAGUGUUAAGUUAAGAAUGAACGAUAGUACAACCUCACCUCCACAUGACGAUGAAUUUACCAAAAUUCAAUCAACGGUUGCUGACGUUUCUGAACCUUUAAACUUGUCAGUUCGUGGUGAUAAAGUGAUCUUAAAGACUGCAAAAGAAACUACAAGGAAGAGAAAAAAGACUAAAGGAGAACCUGUGAAUUUAAAAGUAGACUCAACGCCUUUACAACCAACCUUAGAAUCAAUUGUAGAAGAUGGAGAUAUGAAAAGCAAAAAGAAAAAAGCUAGGACAACAUUCACCGGUCGGCAGAUCUUCGAGUUAGAAAAACAAUUUGAAAUUAAAAAGUAUCUUAGUAGCAGUGAACGAUCAGAGAUGGCCAAGCUGUUGAAUGUCACUGAAACGCAGGUGAAAAUAUGGUUUCAAAAUCGCAGAACGAAAUGGAAGAAAAUAGACAACAUAUCAAAUGCUGAAGCCGCAGAACAUAAAAACAAUUCGGUGCACAAAGACGGUUCGAAGCAAUCUUCUGAAGACACGAAACUGAGUACAAAUUCAAAACAUAUUAGCCAAAGUUCGAAUUCCAGUAUUGAAAGUGACUCGAAGAGUUCGGCGACAUCAACGGUGGCGGAAUCGACGUUAUCGACAAAGAAUUUUAAAAACAUAUUGCAAACUAAUCGUUUGUCAUUAGCAUCCGAAACUCAUUUUCAAACGCAAAUUGACUCAGCCAAAGAAGUACUUUUAAAUUUAUCGUUUAAUGUGGAGGAAAAAUCCUAAAACCAUCUAAAUUAUAUAUUUUAUUUAAAAAAAUAAAUUAUAAACACAAAGUACAAUUUCAUUAGUUGCACAUAUAUUUGAAAAAUAUUUUUCAUAAAAAUUAUUUAGAUGUACUGGUAAUAAAAAAUACUUCAAUAUUUUGUAUGUAAAAGCCAUUGUUUGUAAUGACCUAUUCAUGUAUUUCAUCGAUGAAUAAAAAGUCUUUUCUUUAUA